UUGUAGUUAAUUUCAGGAGGACCAUAAUUAACGUUUUAUAGCCGACUACUGAAAACGGGUGGAUUUUUACUGACCUCAAUCUCAAGAUGUCUAUACUGCCAUUCACCCCUCCGAUUGUGAAGAGGCUUUUAGGCUGGAAAAAGGGUGAACAGAUACAUGGACAGGAGGAGAAAUGGUGUGAAAAGGCAGUGAAAAGUCUUGUAAAGAAAUUGAAGAAGACAGGACAGCUGGACGAGUUGGAGAAGGCCAUCACGACCCAGAAUAUCAACACCAAAUGCAUUACCAUACCAAGGUCUCUAGAUGGUCGUCUCCAGGUGUCCCAUCGCAAAGGCCUUCCCCAUGUCAUUUACUCUCGUCUGUGGCGUUGGCCAGACCUGCAGUCGCCCCACGAGCUCCGGGCCAUAGAGCUGUGUGAGUACGCCUUCCAUACCAAGAAGGACGAGGUGUGUGUCAACCCUUACCACUACCAACGCGUCGAGACACCAAUCCUCCCUCCUGUCCUGGUUCCUAGACAUUCAGAAAUCCCUACAGAGUGUCCUAUUGUAGACGACUACAGCCAUUCUAUCCCCGAGAACACGAUCUUCCCUGCCGGCAUCGAGCCACAGAGCAACUACAUCCCUG